AUGGCACCCAUCAAACGAAGCGCAAGCCGAGUCGCGAAGGAGACGGAGAACCUCAACACAGUAUCAGGAACUAAACGACAAAAGACUGCAGCUGCAGAAGAAACAUUGCGACUGCACGCAAAGCUGUUUGCCCAAGCAGCGCGUCAAGCGACGCCUGAUCUGACCUGUUCGAUCCCAGCUCGACAACAUGCACACACUUAUCAUCGGCCACUUCUCCUAAAUUCAAGGGGAGGACGCGAUGCACAAGAAUCGCUCCUCUCUUGGUUUGACGGGGUGAGCGAGGUGCGCUCCAUGCCAUGGCGGCAGAAAUGGAUUGACCCGAGUACGGUUAAAGAAGCCAGCGAGCUACGGCCCCUCCUUGAACGACGAGCAUACCAAGUGUGGAUAAGCGAAAUUAUGCUGCAACAGACACGCGUGGCUGUCGUCAUCGACUACUGGAACCGGUGGAUGGAGAAAUGGCCGACGAUACAGGACCUUGCGGCCGCCAGCGGCGACGAUGUUCUAGCGGCGUGGAAGGGCUUAGGCUACUACAGCAGGGCUACGCGUAUACAUGAGGCGGCAAAGAAAGUGGUGGUCGAUGCCGAGAUGAAGGGGCUACUACCUGAGGAUGCAAAGAGUCUCGAAGCACAAGUGCCCGGCGUGGGGCGGUAUACGGCCGGUGCAAUCUCGUCGAUUGUGUUUGGCCGGCCGGAGCCUAUGGUUGACGGCAAUGUGUUACGCGUACUUAGCCGACAGCUCGGCCUCAUGGGGAACGUCAAGACAAACAGAACUGUCAUCGACGUGUUGUGGGCGGCCGCCGAUGCACUCGUCAAGGACGUGGCGAGGUCAACGCCCAAGAGCGACAGGCCCGGACGUUGGGGUCAAGGUCUUAUGGAGUUAGGCAGCACAGUAUGCACGCCUUCGCCAAACUGCUCUGUGUGUCCCAUCACGACUACAUGCAGGGCCUACCAAGAAGGCAAGGGACCGGGUGCCGAACCGUUGGCCGACAUUGAAGACUUGUGCACGUGGUGCGAAGCGCUACCAGAAGACGCGGAAAAGCCAACAGAAAAGCCAGCGAAGCCGGCAAAGCAGGCAACGCUGGCGGCCUUUGCAUUCACCAGCCGGACCACCAAGUCACCACAGACUCAAGGGACCUCUUCGUCACCGACUCAGGAGGCUAUUACCAACCACACCAAAAGAUUCCCAGUCAAGUUUAUCAAAAAGGCCGUGCGCGAGGAGGAGACGGUUGUGUGCGUGAUACGCCGAGCGGAUGGGCAAUACCUUGUUCAUCGACGACCGGAAAAGGGACUCCUGGCGGGUCUCUGGGAGUUCCCAUCACAGGCGGUAGACGGCCAAGUUACGAAGCAGAAGCAGCAGCGGACCAGGGUGGCCAAGUCGUUCGUGUCAUCUCUGAUAAAGGAUGACAGUGGGUUCAAACACAAAGGCGAGGUGGGCAGCGUACCGUGGCUGUUUUCCCAUAUCAAGUUGACCAUGCACGUCCAUGUAUUCGAGUCGGAGUCGCCACAAGUGGAGCUCAGCGGGACGAGCCGGUGGAGUCAAGAUCCCGAGGCCGAGUCGAUGGGCACUGGCAUGAACAAGUGUUGGCUGUUGGUCAAGUCUAUGGAUCAAGAUUAG